AACAAUUCCUUUUUGGUCGGAAUAAUAACACAAAUGGCAACAUUCCAUAUGUAUACUUUUAUACUGUUAUAUUAGCAUUUAGCCAAGUCAACAAUCUUCUUAUUAUUAGCAAAGACAACAUUCAAAUUAUUUGUCCCAAAACACAGCUACAAACCACAUUUGACAAACCUUUCGAUGUAGCCUAUCAUAGACAUCAACCUAUAACAUUUUGUACAUUGUAUACAACUUUUAUAUAUAACACUUUAUCUUGUUUAUUUCUUUUAGCAUAUUCCACAGCCGCAUUGCUAGCCAUUGUCUUUGCUAUUCCCUUCGGCAUACGAAUGCUUGUUCACAAAGAUAGAGGGCAAUGGGAAGAGUUUGGACCAGCAUUUUAUACAGCCCAUUUAGAAUUGUUCCUAGGCAAUGGAUGUUUGGGCGUGGGAGUUAUGAUGCUCUUGGUAUUGACAAUAGAACGCUAUGUAUCGGUGUGCCAUCCCAGUUUUACAAGGCCUGUUAUGGGGCCACCAGGGUUAAUAGUUUUCCUUACCACAUUGAUUACCUUUAUCAUAUAUCUUCCAAGUGUUUUCCGCGGGGAACUUAUCAAAUGUGUCCUACAAACCGAUGGCAGUUAUGUAUAUUUUCGAAGAGAUAAUAAUGCCUUUAUGACAACAAUUUUUUAUAAUGUCUACAAGGUAAUGUUGGAAGUGAUAUUUAAGCUAAUACCCACGGUCCUUAUUGCGGGGUUGAAUUUACGCAUUAUGAUGGUAUAUCGCCAGACCUGUGAGAAACGACGUAAAAUGACGUCAUCGCGUGCCUCGUAUAUCAAAGAUGCUGAAGAAAAACGUUUGUUUUUAUUGUUAGGAAGCACGUCUAUUUUGUUUUUGGUUUGUGUCUCACCCAUGGCCAUUUUGCAUAUGACAAUUGCCUCAGAUGUCCUGCCGAGUUUUUCAUUUCAGGUGUUCAGAGCAUUGGCCAAUCUAAUGGAGUUAACCAAUUAUUCGAUAACCUUCUAUAUUUACUGUCUAUUCAGUGAAGAUUUUCGCAAUACACUGAUAAGGACCAUCAAAUGGCCAUGGAUAAGAACACAACUGUGUCAUCAAGUCGAUGAGGUAUCUGCUAAGCAAACGCCUCUAACAAAUUUCGAUAAGCUGACUUUGCGUAAUCAUCAUAUAACCACAACAUCAGGCGUGUGUACGGGAAUUGGUCGUUCCAGUAGCAUUUGAUGCAAAGUACCCUAUAUACUAUGAUAGUUUAUAAGAUUCAAA